UAUAUAUAUUGCCAUGUGUGGGAUUGCAGUCAAACUCUUUGAUGAUGGAUGAAGUAUUGCUAUGCUUUCCUGAAUUUCUUCUCACAUAAUGAAAAGCUAAAGCCUUUCUCUUUUGAGUUCUAUUAAAGAAUCAUCUUUUCCAGUUCAAUUGCUUGAUUUUAGCCUUAUGCAUUGGAAAUGAUAUCAAGGAAACUUGUUAAUAUACCUCAUCUUACUCCAAGGACUCACAAUUCUACUCAUUAUCGCACGCUGAACUCCUCGAUCCUUUUUAGCCCGCCUUUUGUACCGAAACCUCCUUCAUUCCUGGCAACUAAUGUCAUCAAAUCGUACUUCGAGACGGGCCUGGUCAGAGAAGCUCGUACUUUGUUCGACGAAAUGCCUGAGAGGGAUGUGGUUGCUUGGUCGGCCAUGAUAAAUGGGUUCACCUCAUGCAAUCUGCACGUGAACGCGUGGACCAUGUUCCGUGAGAUGCUGAGGGAUGAAGAAGAUGUGAAGCCUAAUGAGUAUACCUUCUCUAGUGUGCUCAAAGCAUGUAAGAGCAUGGGUUCCCUUUCUUGUGGCGCGUUGGUACACGGCUUGGCGCUUAAGCAUGGGGUGCUUGGGAGCAUUUAUGUCAGGAAUGCGCUUAUGGACAUGUAUGGCAUGUGCUGCGAUGGUAUGGAUAGAGCCUGUGCUGUUUUUGAGGAGAUUGGAGUUAAGAACUCGGUGUCAUGGACUACUUUGAUUGCUGCUUACACUCACCUGGGAGAUGGGCAUGGUGGGCUCCGGGUUUUCAGGGAAAUGUUACUGGAUGGGGCUGAACUAAAUCCUUUUAACGUUUCAAUUGCUAUUAGAGCUUGUUCUUCAAUUGGCUCACAAGCGUAUGGCAAGCAGAUACAUGCUACAGUAUUCAAGCGUGGGUUUGAAUCCAGCAUUCCUGUAAUGAAUUCUGUUUUAGACAUGUACUGCAGGUGUAUUGGUUUGAGUGAAGCAGAUCAAUGCUUUCAUGGAAUGACAGAAAAAGAUAUAAUCACAUGGAACACAAUGAUUGCAGGAUAUGAGAAGUCAGAUCCAUACGAGGCCCUCAACCUCUACUCAAGCUUGGAGUUUGAAGGUCUCACCCCAAAUUGCUUCACGUUCACAUCUGUUAUAGCGGCAGUAGCUAACAUGGCAGUUCUGGGGGUUGGGGAACAGAUUCAUGGAGGGAUAAUUAGGAGAGGCCAUGGAGACGACCUAGGAGUGGCCAACGCUUUGAUUGACAUGUAUGCUAAGUGUGGAAGCAUCAUGAAUUCAUGCAAAAUCUUCAAUGAAAUGCAUGAUAAGAAUGUUGUUUCAUGGACCUCUAUGAUGGUCGGAUAUGGUAGCCAUGGGCAUGGAAAGGAAGCUGUUGACUUGUUUGAUAAAAUGGUUGCAUCUGGAGUUAGGCCUGAUCGGAUUGUGUUUGUUGCAGUUCUGAAUGCUUGUAGUCAUGCUGGACUUGUUGAUGAGGGUUUACAGUACUUCAAAAUGAUGGUUCAUAGUUACAAUAUAACCCCAGAUCAAGAGAUUUAUGGGUGUAUUGUGGAUUUGCUAGGCCGUGCUGGGCGAGUUAAGGAAGCAUAUCAGCUGAUAGAAGCUAUGCCAUUUAUGCCUGAUGAAUCUGUUUGGGGAGCAUUUCUUGGAGCUUGCAAAGCACAUAAGCUUGCAGAAUUGGGGAAGUUAGCUGCAAGCAGGGUAUUAGACUCGAGGCCAAGUGUUGCAGGGACAUACCUAGCAUUGUCCAGCAUAUAUGCAGCUGAUGGGAAGUGGGGAGAUUUUGCUAGGAUAAGAAAAUUAUUAAAAGGAACGGGAAAUAAGAAAGAGGCAGGGAGAAGUUGGAUUGAGGUGAGGAACCAGACCUAUAGUUUUGUUGCAGGAGAUAAGUUGGGUGUCCAUAUUGUGUGGGUCUAUGAAGCAAUAGAUAUGCUGGGCCUGCACAUGAAAGAAGCAGGAUAUAAUCCUGACUUACAAUGCUUAAUACAUGAUUUAGAAAAUGAGGAGCCUGAUUAGGAAACAUGUGAGAUCAGUGGCUUGAACAAGAACUGAUAUUAAGCAUAGAAGGCCAUAUUACCAAGGAUAACAGAAAAUUUUUGGUUCUUCUUGGAGCGAAAGGACGCUCAAAAUGUUUAUGGUUAUUCCGAGGAAUACAUAUCCAUUCUUUCAUUCAUUCAUUCUGGUGGCUGAUAAUACCUUUCCCUGAAUUAAGGUUUCAAGUGGUGGUCAGAAAAGAAGGAAUUUCAGCAUAUCUAUGAACAUUCAGGAUGGGACGCCAGCACUCAACUACGCACUGAAUCUAACUGCGGAUUUUUGUUUUUAUGUUGUAAACGAAUAAGCAAGUUUUCACUCUUUUUCUGGUUAGUAUUGUAUAAUUGACAGUACCACAAUGAAGCAACAAUGUGACUAAUUUACAUCAUUCAACCCUGCUGAGAUGCAUCAAAGACAAUGUCAUGCGUUAUAAACUUGUUCAAGUCUCCUAUGGAGCCAGUGCAAUUGCUUUUGGUUCUGUCAA